AUGAGAGAAGCUCUUCUGCAAGAACCUGAAAUAAUCGAACUGGAAACAUUAGAUAAUCCUCCCAAACACGCAUUUGUUCCACUAUUGCGGCGCGAAUCCGCUGCCAGCACUGUAUCGCACACCUCCUCUCAGCAUGAAAAGAACUACCGACGAUUCAUUAAACGCAUACUCGGCUACAUCUCGACCUUGCUAGGCAGCCUUGGAUCAAAUAUCCGCGAAAAGAUACGACGAAGCCGCUUCUACGGAUGGCGCAUGGGGCUAUUGAUUGGCAGUUGCACCACGGCCUUUGUCUUGUGCUGCAACAUCACAGCUGUCCUUGUCGCGGGUAUCAGAGAUGAUAAAACAUCGGACACUAUCAAAGUGAUCACCGUCAUGACUGGUAGUAGUACUGCCAUUUCACGGUGGAGCACAUUCUUUCAUUUCCUCAUUAAUGUUUUGAGCACUCUAUUGCUUGGUGCUAGCAACUAUACCAUGCAAGUGUUGGCCUCGCCAACGAGAUCCGAUAUUGAUGUUGCACACGCUAAAGGUCUGUGGCUGGAUGUGGGACUAUUGAGUGUUCGAAAUUUGCGUUUCCUACCUCGAGGCCGGAUAGCCCUGAGCCUUAUGUUAGGACUGUCUUCGAUACCGCUUCACCUCUUUUACAAUGCUGCCUUAUUCCAGAUCACGGUGGCCAAUCAAUACGAUAUCCACGCUAUUAGCAUUGGAUCUGAAGAUUGGGCCAAGAUCAGUUCACGCGACAAUGUCCGGAACCUCACAAACGACCAAUGGAUGGAAAUUUAUGCCACACCAUAUCUUUCGGGAUACGAUGAUCUUUACCUUGUUAUUGACCGCCUGGCUUUCGAGCCAUUUCAAAAUGUCACAACUGGGUCGAAUGUUGAUCACUUGCCAUUGAAUAUACGGAAUAGCAGCAACGAAGCUAUAAGAAACUUCACCAAUGGAGCGAUGCCCUGGAGUAAUUACACAAUGUUCGCUGGAUACGCUCUCAGGGACAACAAGAGCAGCGGGGCUUGGCCCUACAAUGCUCGCGUUGCGUACGGCUUGUCCAACAUCUCCAACGUGGAGAGUCGUAUCCAAAUUAGUCAAGAUUUCAUGAUCAUAGUCAUAUGCUUCAAUUUCGCCAAGUUGGUCAUCAUUUUGUGGGUUCUCAUAGCUGACAAGUCUGAGUACCUGGUCACCCUCGGCGACGCGGCAGCAUCAUUCCUAGAGCGUCCUGAUUCCAGCACUGUUGGAAAAUGUAUGUUGGGUAAAGAGGAACAUUUGUUCCAGCUUGGAUAUCGAAUAGCGAAGAACUUAGAUUCGCAGAAUCAGGGAAGAUUCCAGCAGCGUCUGCUUGGAGCAUGGCUGCCAGAUCGGCUACGACACUCUGCAUCGCUUUCUGAGGAUCGACAGCUCUUGUUAGCAAUCAUGUAA